UACAUAAAAGUAUGUCAAAACAUUUACUCUAAAUUUGUUGUUUGAUCCAAAAAUGAACCUUAAAACAAAGAAGAUUUGUACGAARUUUUCUAUAGGGACAUUUUUCUUUCUUUCAGGCACAGAAUAUGCUGUAAUUCUACCAACAAUGUGGAUGUAUUCUCAUGAGCGAUAUGGGGCAGAGCMUUGGUUCUAUGCCUGUAUCUUUGCUAGCUUUAGCUUUAGCUCAUUACUGACAAGUCCCUUUUUUGGCCUAUUUGUUGAUUACACAAGGAAAACGAAGAGUGCAAUAUUAUUGGCAAACUUAUUUGAGAUUGCAGGAAAUAUCUUGUACUUCGUAGCAUGGAAUAAAUACUGGAUUUUGAUUGGUCGCCUUAUAGCAGGUGUUGGAGCUGGUGCUGGUACUUGUAUCUUUGCACAAAUAGCAAGAACAACAACAGAGCAAGAAAGGACUGGUGUKUACUCCAUAGCAAUGGCGCUUAGACAAUUUGGACUUCUUGUAGGACCUGCUUUUAACCUUUUCCUGAAAGAAACAAACUUUUAUUUGGGGCCUUAUAAAGUGGACCACUAUACAUCACCAGGGUUAUUUAUGGCGAUGCUGUGGGUAAUCCAAGAAAUAGUAAUGAUGUUUAUGUACUAUGACUUCCCGUCAAUCAUAGAAUCACCAGAAUUCAAUGUAAAUGAUGAACAUAAACCCUUGCUUUCCAAUGGAGGAAUAUCAAAUAAAUCUACUAGCAUCGAUGGUGAUCAUAAUUUGAGGAGAAGGCGAAGUAGUUCACGGUUAUCAGAAAAUCUUGUUUUAGCUAAAGAUUUAUUGUCUGAAGCAGUAGUUGUCGUUAUUGCAUCUCAGUUCAUUUUAUUGUUCAAUGAAACUUCAUUUGAGGCAAUGUAUACUCCUCUUACAAAUGCCUUUUUGGGAUGGAAAGAAGUUGAAAUUAGUAUUUCAUUUGUUUUAAUAGCAUUUGAGGCAAUUUUAACRUUUGUUCUUGUUCGAAAAUUAAGCACCAGAGUGACUGACAGAUGGCUUAUAGCUAUUGGUAUUGCAGUCGAAAGUUGUGCCUUGAUUUGGUAUCUAUGCAUGUUAGCCAAUGCUAAGCCAUAUGAACCAAAGAUCCUGCCAGUAAUCACUGUUGGUACCAUUGUCAUUGUAUUUGGUUUGCCAUUCUUUAUUGUGGCAAAUAUUUCACUUUUGUCUAAACUGACACAUGAAAGAAAUCAAGGUCUCGCACAAGGCAUCCAACGUUCAGCAGCAGGGGUAGCAUCUAUUCUUGGGCCAUUAUGGGGCGGCUCACUUGGUUCACGUUUAUACUUGAUACUUGGUGUAAUGGCUGGUUUGGAAGCCUUUCUGGCGGUACUGUUUUUACUGUCAUUUCGUCGACUGGUCCCUCCCGCUGAAAAGACAGCAACAACUCAAUACACUCAAAUAUCGACCAACGAACGAGCAUAGCACAACCUUGAAUACCUUACAAUUUUCAUUAUAUAGAAAAUAUUUUUUUACUUACUUUGUAGGCAAUUAUUAAAUAAUGCAUGCUUUUUCCAAAAGAAAGAGAAUUGGAGAUAUAAAAAAUUGCUAUU